UCUCUAGAAGCAAAACUAAUUUAGGGAUGUAUCUUCAAAUUCCCAAGAUUCUACUCAUUUUUGUAUAUAAAACCAAAACCCGAAUUUUUCGUGUACAUUUCUCAAACUUAAUUAAACUGAGAAAGAAGAAAGAAGGCUUUUUUGUUUCUCUGUGUAUCUGAAUUCUCAACUACUUAAAAAUGGAAACUCAACAAGAACAGUUAACAACUCCUCUCCUUACAGGAGGAGAAGGAGUUAUAAAAGUACAUGAUAACAUACCAUCAACUUCAUUAAUAUCAUCGGAAAUUAUGGAUGAUGAAGAAGAAAAUUCGCCAGUAAAACAAGUAGCAUUAACCGUACCAAUAACAGAUGAUCCAAAUUUACCAGUUUUAACGUUUAGAAUGUGGGUUUUAGGAACACUUUCUUGUAUUCUUCUUUCAUUUUUAAAUCAGUUUUUUUGGUACAGAAAAGAACCAUUAUCAAUUACAGCAAUAUCAGCUCAAAUUGCUGUUGUUCCAUUGGGUCACUUAAUGGCAUCAACCAUUACUAAUCGUAUUUUCUUUAAAGGUACUCGUUACGAAUUUACGUUAAACCCAGGUCCAUUCAAUGUAAAAGAACAUGUUCUGAUCACGAUAUUUGCCAAUUCUGGUGCUGGUACUGUAUAUGCUAUACAUAUUGUUAGUGCUGUCAAGGUUUUUUACAGAGAAAGAAUCACUUUCUUUGUUUCAUUGAUCGUAGUCAUUACUACCCAAGUACUAGGGUUUGGUUGGGCUGGAAUUUUCAGAAGAUAUCUAGUUGAGCCAGCUGAGAUGUGGUGGCCGGCAAAUCUUGUUCAGGUCUCUUUAUUUCGGGCUUUACAUGAAAAGGAAGAGAGGGCCAAAGGCGGGUUAACGCGAACUCAGUUUUUCCUGAUAGCCUUCGUAUGCAGCUUCGCCUACUAUGUUCUCCCUGGUUACCUCUUCCCAAUGUUGACAUCCCUUUCAUGGGUAUGUUGGGUAUUCCCGAAUUCGGUUCUGGCUCAACAAUUAGGCUCGGGUCUUAAAGGGCUAGGACUUGGUGCAAUUGGCCUUGAUUGGUCAUCUGUUUCAUCCUAUCUUGGAAGUCCACUUGCUAGUCCAUGGUUUGCCACCGCAAAUAUGGCUGUUGGUUUUGCUUUUAUCAUGUACGUUGUAACACCGAUCUCAUAUUGGCUCAACUUCUACAAUGCAAAGAAUUUCCCAAUAUUCUCCGAUGGGCUUUUCACGUCCACUGGCCAAGACUACAACAUCUCGAGCAUUAUAGACAACAAAUUCAACCUUGAUGUCGCAGCAUAUGAAAAGAGUGGACCUCUAUACCUUAGCACCUUCUUUGCUAUGACUUAUGGAGUUGGUUUUGCUGCUCUUAGUGCCACCAUUGUUCAUGUUGCAUUGUUUCAUGGAAGAGAAAUAUGGCAACAGAGCAAAACAGCAUUCCAAGAGAAGAAAAUGGAUGUACAUACAAGACUUAUGAGCAAGUACAACCAAGUACCCGAAUGGUGGUUCGUGUCCAUACUCAUAGCUAACAUUGCUGCCACCAUUUUCGCCUGCGAGUACUACAAUGAUCAGCUUCAACUUCCAUGGUGGGGUGUUUUGGUAGCUUGUGGACUUGCUAUUUUCUUUACUCUUCCAAUUGGUAUCAUCACUGCAACCACAAACCAAACACCAGGAUUGAACAUCAUAACUGAAUACAUAAUCGGAUACCUAUACCCAGGGCGGCCCGUCGCAAAUAUAUGCUUUAAAGUAUAUGGGUACAUCAGUAUGACUCAGGCCAUCACUUUUCUUCAAGAUUUCAAGUUAGGCCACUACAUGAAGAUUCCUCCUAGAACAAUGUUCAUGGCACAGGUUGUAGGUACACUCAUAGCUGCACUAGUAUACUUGGGAACGGCGUGGUGGCUCAUGGAUACAAUCCCUAACAUCUGUGACACCAACCUACUUCCUUCCAAUAGUCCGUGGACUUGCCCAGGUGAUCACGUUUUCUAUGAUGCGUCAGUUAUAUGGGGACUGAUCGGACCACGAAGAAUUUUUGGAGAUCUUGGUACUUAUGCAGCCAUAAAUUGGUUCUUCCUAAUUGGAGCAGUUGCGCCUCUGCUAGUUUGGUUUGCACAUAAGGCUUUCCCAGAGAAAAGAUGGAUUAGUCUCAUAAAUAUGCCUAUACUUAUUGGUGCGACUGGAAAUAUGCCUCCAGCAACUGCAGUAAAUUACAUAAGUUGGAUAGUUGUUGGGUUUCUAUCUGGGUUUGUCGUGUUUAGGUACCGACAAAAUUGGUGGCGAAGACAUAAUUAUGUCCUUUCAGGAGCCCUUGAUGCUGGUCUUGCUUUCAUGGGUGUGCUUUUGUAUCUUUGUUUGGGAAUGGAAGAGAUUAGUCUCACUUGGUGGGGAAGUAAUUUGGAUGGGUGCCCUUUGGCUUCUUGUCCGACAGCCAAAGGAAUAGUUGUCCAAGGAUGCCCAGUCUUCUAAUCCAGUUUGUGGCAGUCACGAUGCACAAAUGUUGAUCUUCUUUCUUUGAAUCUGUAAAUAAUUUGCUUAGAGAUCGCUAUCCAAGCUUGCCAUGGAUUUGUAUAAAUAUGCUUGAUUACAACAGACUGUCAAUUGCAAAGAAGUGGAAAAACAUGUGUAGAAACUCGACCAAUUUUAAAAUAAUACCCCUUCUUUCUGUGUCAUA